GCCGACUUUGACAACUACUCCGAACUUGCAUCUUCAGCCUCAUAACUAUCGGGCUAACCACCCGAAUUCAAUAUUUUCAACUGACAAUGCUAAUAUAAGAGAGAGAUUUUGAGUCUGUGGAUGGUAUCAUUGGUCAAUCACCUACAACACGGCAUCAGUUCACAGGCCUUCAAAGCUCAGAUGGCUAUCGGUUCAUGGUACAAGACUCCGUUUUUGGACGAUAAAAUUGCCACUCAAAUACUUAGUGAACACAUGAAACGGAACAAGGGAAAGGGUAAAGCUUGCGAGGAUGCUGGGAGUGACUAUGAUUGAGACGUUGCAGAGUUCAAUAGCGACUAAUCCUACUAAGUGUCUUUGUACUAUUCACCCAAUGCUAAGAUAUAUCAUGUACCCGCGGGUGACCCACACACCCGCAGGUACAACCCGCGGUCGACCCGUACCCGUACCACUUGACCCGGGACGG